GUGAUUGAGUCGGACGAAUUGAAGCGAUUCUUCUGUGUACAAACGUCAACGUCCACGGGCCUGUACAAUAACUACUGCUCUGCUGGUGCUUGUAAUCGUUGCGGUUCGAAAGUAACCGCCGGGCGAUUUACCACCGUCACCGAACCAGUGAGUCUUCUCGUCGGUUACGGUCGGUAUCACCGACAGUCGGUGACCACCGCAAAAGCGUCGCUGAUUACCGACCAAUUUUCGAUGAUCACCCGCCCAACAGAUGGCAAGUGCCCGGCUACAUAG